AUGUUGCUCGCGCUACGGCGCGGCGCCGGCUUCGGAAUUGCGCGCCGCCGGCUCCUGACCACCGUGCGCUACUCCGAGAACGUCGCGAAGCUGCCAGGGGGCCGCAGCGGCAAGCGCGGCGCCCGGCGCGCCCGCCACGAGCGGACGCUCGACUUCACGGCGCCGCGACCCGCGAAGACACCGGCGAAGAAGGAGUUCCGCGUGCCCGCGGCGCUGCGCGCGCUCGUCGCCGCGCACGGCCCGCCGGGCGGCGGCGCCGCGGACGCGGACGCGACGGCCGCCGCGGUCGCGGCGGCCGCCGCCGCCGGCGCGCUCGAGGCCGACGCCCUCGCGGCGGCCGUGCUCUCCCUCCUCCACCUGAAGCGCGCCGACCUCGCCGAGGCGGCGCUCGCCGGCGACGGCGCGCUGCUGCGCGCCGCGCCGCGCGAGCUGUCGUCCGUCGCCGCCGCGCUCUGCCGGUCCGGCCGCGUCGACGCCGCGGCGGCGCUCGGCGCGGCGCUCUUCGGCGAGGACGUCGCCGACGCCAUCGUCGCGCGGCCGUCGCGGCUCUACGCGCCGCUCCACGGCGCCGCGCGGGGCGCGCGGGCGACCGCGGCCGUCGCCGAGGCCUGGUCCGCCGCGGAGGCGCGCGCCGCGGCCUCGGAGGCCGCGGAGCCGGCGUCGCCGCUGCCGUUCAACGGCGCCCUGCGCGCCGCGCGCGAGGCGCGGUCCCUCGCCGGCGUCUUCGAGGUCCUGGACGCGAUGGCGGCCGCGGGCUGCGCCGGCGACGACGACACGUUCGCGGCCGUGGCCCACGCGGCCGCGCGGUCCGUGCAGUUCGUCACGGGCGCCGUGUCCAUGGACACGCUCCCGAAAAGCGGGCGGCCCGAGGUCGCCCUCGUCGGCCGGAGCAACGUCGGCAAGUCGAGCCUCGUGAACAUGAUCACGAACCGCCGGUCCGCGGCGUUCACGUCUAAAAAACCGGGCAAGACGCAGCAGUUCAACUACUUCGACGUCAACGCGCCGGGCGACGACGCCAGGCGGCCCAGGUUUGCGUCGGCGAACGACGGCACCGCGCCCGCGCCGCGGCCCCGGAAGCGGCCGUGGGCGCCGCCGGGCCGCUUCUUCCUCGUGGACGUGCCGGGCAGCGGCUACGCGCUCGCGCCGGGCGCGGCCCGCGACGCCUGGGCGGCGCUCCUCGAGCGCUACCUCGCGGAGCGCGCGGACGUCGUCGUCGUGCUGCACCUCGUGGACGCGCGCGUCGGCGCGCAGCCGACGGACGCCGAGCUCUUCGCGCUGACGGCGCGGUGCGACGCGGCGCGGCGGGACCGCGGCCUGGAGCCCCUCCGGCCCGUGCUCGUCCUCACGAAGGCCGACAAGAAGGACUCGAAGGUGUCCCUGGACGCGCAGGCGCGGCUCCGCGCGGACCUCGCGGCCGCGACGUCGCCCGACCGCGCGGCGACGACGCCGAUCGUCGUGACGUCGGCGGUGUCGAAGCGGGGCCGCGACGACCUCUGGCGCGUCCUCGGGCCGGCGGUGCUGCGGGACGACUAG